AUGAAACAUUUUCUCGAAGUAUAUAAUUCCUCAACGCAUUCUACAACAGGACAUACACCAAAUUCAAUGACACAACAACAAGAAGAAAAGUAUAUACAAAAGAAACGAAGUCAAACGCAAAAUAUCAGAAAUUCAACACAAUUUACCCUCAUUCCUGGUACAAAAGUUCGUGUAGUUCUUGACGACAAACCGUUGACAAAGAAACGUUUAAGGUUAAGUCGAAAUUAUUAUAUCGUAGACUCUACGCAAGGUAAUGGAUAUCUUAUAAAAGCUGCUGACGACUCCAUAGCAUUUUACCCUCGUCAUAAAUUAGUCGAAAGUAGUAAUGGCAAACUUGCUGAAACCAUUGACGAAGCAAAGCGAGGAGUGGUUAUUGAAAUACUUGGCUACAACACAAACGAUGACACUUAUAAAGUAAGAUAUGAAGGAGGCGUUGAAGAUGUUAUACCAUCUAAGAACUUGAGAGAAUCUAAACCAACACAUCUGGGUCCAUUAGAGCGGGAGUACUGGAAAGACAAAAAUAUGCCAGAAAGAAUAAGAAAAUUCUUCUAA